GCCAUUUUGCAAUGUGGGACAGAGGGAGGCCACUUUUUAUGGCUAACGAAUAAAACAGAGCGGUUUUAUGUGUUGAGGACAAAGAGCGUCGACUUUUUCUCCACUCGUCAGUGAGUAUAUUUUUAUUAAAUUCAGGCACGCGCUCCUUUGUCACUCAUUCACAGCAAGAGUCAUUAAAUUAGUUUUUACAUGCAUGUGAGCUACUGCUAGCACUGUGGGAGACUCGUGUGUGUGUGUUAGUGUCUGUGGGAGUGUUUGUUUAGCAGGCAGCAAACUGUGAGGCCAACAGUGUGUCCUGCUGUCUUUAUGAAAAGUAUUUUCUGUUACAGUCAUGGAAACGUCUCUUUAUCGCGCAAACAGCUUCAGUGUGUUAGCCUGCAUUAGCCCCCAGAGCAGCUCAGUGGGUAUUCGGGGUUUGAGUGGGGGUAAGUUGGGGGGCUGUGUCUGACUUCUUUCCACGGGGGUGUGAGAGUGGAUGAAAUAUUUUUAGACAUUGACAUAGCAGGGGCUCAUCUGAGACCGGUCGAAGCACAUGAUGGUGACCACAGAGAGGCUACAGGCACAGUUCAAACUGAGGAGGAAAGUGUUGAAAUUCAUGACAGAGAGCUUCACUAAACAAGAUCUCAGAGAUAUUUCACCCUGGGCUGUUUAGCAUGAAAAUUAUAAAAUCAAUACCAGAGUCUGUUUAGUACUUCACAACUUCUAAAACACUUUUCACAAAACUUUUCUCAGGUUUGCAGCUUUCAAAGUAUAAACCCGUUAGUCGGCUGGUUAAAAUUGUGUUCACAUUGUUGACAUAAAAACUUAGAGAAUAGAUAAAAAAAAAAAAAACACUAGUCAGCGAUUGCUCCGGAAAAAGGGGUUUUAUUUUUGAGACAGUAGUAAGUAAACCAUAAUCAAUACGCUCACACCAGAAUAUGGUUCAGUUACCCAAAUGAGAGAUAUAAGUAGGGCUAGGCGAUAAAAUGAUAACAAUAUCAAAAAUUAAUUUCCCUCAAUAUCGAUAUGAAACAUGGUCAAUAUGCUUUUCAAUAGUCAGCAUUCUGCCAUGUUUUUGUCGACUAUACGAAAAGCCAAUGAAAAGGGGAGUUGCUCUGGGUCUGCGGCACGCGAAACAGACCAUGUGGUCCGCUUUCUGUAGCGCAACGCCUUACGACAAAACAUUGAAGAAACACAAAGACCUCAAAGAUGCAGUAGCUUAUUGUAUUGCAAAAGACAUGCCACCAAUAAGCACUGCUAAAUUUCAUAUUUUAUUUCGACUGAUAUGAGAAAAAGUGUAUCACAAUAUGUUUUUUCCAUAUCGCCCAGCCCUAGGUACAAGGGAUAAAAUCUUUCUCACACCAAAGCAGACAGAGAUCCCUGCACUGACAGCUGCAUUAGCAAUUCAGAGAUUCACCAUAUUGCUUGACAAGUCUAAAUCAAAAAUUAAAGUUUGAAGGAAAAGUUUGUAUUCAAACUGUAAAAAGCCAUUGAAACACAAAGUAUAACUGCCUAUCAGCCUGUCAGGCUUUCUAAAGCAGCUAAAAAGGCACUUUAAUCGUUACCUGACCAUUGCAUGCCACUCUUGACUGUAGUAGAUGAAAAAAUGAAACAUAAGUGCAAUCAAAGUGGUUUUGAAAGAACAAUCACGGCACUUCAACACAUGAUAAGUUCAGUGAUGAGGAACUCAGACCUUCAUCAAGUUGAUUCAGCAGCAGCAGUGUGUCUGCUGAUAGUAAUAUCAUGUCAAACACAAGGUCACACAUAAUUCACCCCUCUUCCUCCCCAUGGUAUGCUGCCUGUCACACUCCUCCUCUUUCCCCUAGAUUGUCUUUAUCCAUCUUUGACAUCAGCUUUUAACUCACCUGUGCACUCUGACCUGGCUCAUAACUCUCAAAUCACAUCAUUAGCAGCCAGCAAGUGUUUUCAGCUUGGAGUUAUAAUGUUUAUACUGUGACUAUAGUUUUGUUGAACUCCUGCCUCCUUUAGUUCCCAUUUUCCAUCACAGUGUCAAAUGAGUUUUGGUAAGAAUAUGUUUACAGUGAUUGAGGUCUGUAAAGUCUGACUCACUUGGUAAAAGUUUUCAAGAUUUUACCAAUCUGGUUCAGGGACGGGGAUUAUGUGUCUCUGACGUUGUGAAAAACUGUAAAAGAAGAAUUACUGUGGAUAAAAUUAUUUAUGACUCAAGCCUUAACAACAGUGGGCUGGUUUCAUAGUAACCGAGCAGUGUUGUAGUUGGUACUUGUCACAUGUGUUAACUCUUCUUCAAACAUGCCUCCUACUGUUUUGGUGGAGUCCUAUAAAUGCAGAAGUUGGAAAAAGAGGAAGGUGAACUGUGGUCAGAAAGUGAGAACUAGGUCAGGGAUGGAUUUCCUCAGAUGAAAGGAUUAAAGCCACAGGAUUUCUGACCGUUUCCCCUAAAGUAGAGUUUGUAAACACAAGCACAUGGUGAAUCUGACUGAAAGGAUUAUUGAGCUGCUAGCACAGGCAGGUCUUAUCAUCAGUGAGUCCGGAUAUCACA